UGUGUUAUUUUUAUGAUGUGCUAACGUUGUCUUUAAUGAAUUUCGAAGCAAUAGUGUAGUAUUUUAAAGUUAAUUAAGUAAGUGAGAAGUUUUAUUUUCUGUGAGUGAAACAUUUCUAUACAACGGAGGCAACUACACGCAUUCUGGAUUUCUCCCACUUUUGGAUAUCUACAACGAGCUAAUUUAUCUGCUUUCGCAACAGACAUGGAGACUGGUUUUUUAAAUCCUAUUCAAGAUGAUGAACAUUUCCCCACAAAUUUUUAUGGCCAAGAGAGUGGGUUAGAUGAAUCUGAACACAUUUUAUUCGGAGAAAUGAUUGUGCCAGAAAUUGUGGAUUAUGACAACUUGUGGCAGAACGCAGGUAUCAGUGAUGUUGCCAGCCAUGAAGAGGAAACUACCUUGCAAAAAGAUGAGUUCCAGCGUCUCCUGUACGAGUGGCAACAUCAUUUAACUUGCAUGCAGGAGACCGACAACUUUCAGCAAAUGCUGCCCGUAGAGGAACUCACUUCAGGGCAACCGUCCACAGUAUUUAAUUCUCUACAAUCCAGCAACAGCUUAACACCUGCAGCUAAAUUAGCAAUAGAUGAGCUGUUCCCACUGGAAUCAAUAAAGGAAUCCCCUACUCAUAUGGACUCUAGUGAGGAAGAAGAUGAAGUAAUACCUGAUGAGGUAAUAGAUGAAGCAGAUAACAAUGAGGUAAUAGAUGAAGUAGAUAUCAAUGAGGUAAAAGAUGAAGUAGAUAACGAUGAGGCAAUAGAUGAAGUAGAUAACAAAGAGGGACCUGAGGCAUUGCCUCUUCUAAUGGCUGGGGACCUCACUAGUCUCCUUGAACAGUUUGAAGCCACAGAACAAGCAGAAUGUACACAGCCAAUCAAGCAGGAAGUCACAGUACCACCCUCUCCUCCACGCCCUUCCACUCAGACUAUCCGUGAUGCCCUACCCGAAGAAGUCAUCAACAGGAUAAAGGCAACUCGUGAGAAUCACAAGAAACACAUAGCUGUGAUACCUGCGAUGCCAAACAAAAAACAAGGCAAAGCGGCAACAAGGAUGCAAGAUGCCGGAGUCGCGCUGUCAAGAAAUAAACUGUUGAAAUUGGUAACUGGAGGAUCAAGUGGGGAGUCUGUUCGUUUGGACCAUGACUACUGUUCAAAUGAAGACAUCCCAAGCAGUAGUAGCGGGUCAGCUGUGUCCACGCCGGAGUACCAUCUCCAGGAACUCCAGGAAGCAUCUCCAGCUCCAGAGUCUAGUUCCAGGAAAGACUCUGGUCUCGAGUCAGGAGAUUUAAGUGAGGAAGAUAACAAGUCCAGAACUGUUUGUGAUCAUAAAACAAAAAUAAUGGUUAAAACAUCGACAGGACUUCGAAGCAUGAACAUAAUUCCAGAAAAAAGUAUUGUAGUCAAUAGUGCAUCAGUAAUGAGGACUGAUGUUCCUAUGAUGUCAGUCCUAAAAAAGAACAAUAUUAAGUUGGAGGACAAUAUUAAAUUAGAAAACAAUGGACAUUCGUAUGACAAUUGUAGUACAGCUAGUGUAGUGAUAAAAAGUGAGGUACCUGACUGUAGUAGUGGUGAUGGAGUUGUGGAAAACAGUGGUGUGAAGAAGAAGCGAAAACUGAAUUUGGAGGAAUAUAGAGUGAGAAGAGAAGAGAGAGAUAGGAUUCGCAGCCAGGAGAGCAGCAGAGCGAGUACUCCUGUAUCCUGCAGUACCCCUCCUACUAACACAUUUUCCACUUGCAAAGGAACAAACAUUGAAAGGCCAAUAAUGCAGAGUGUUGAAGUGCAAACACAAACCAGCGAUAUUAUUGAUCUCACAUCUGAAUCUCCCCCUGUUUACAAGGCUGAUGGAAGGAGCAGGGAAUCCAGAAACGACUCAAAACGUAAGAGUUAUCUGCGCCUUGAGAGCUCUUCAAGCUCGUCGUGCAGUCUGGAAUCUGAACUUCAUAGAACCAGAACAAAACGAAGGUCUAGAAGUAACAAGAGGAGAAGGAAUAGCGUGUCACGUAUGUGGUCUAGGUCUCGGUCACGCUCCUCGUCUAGAUCCCGACAUUCAAGUCGGUCGAGGUCAAGAUCUAGGUCAAGAUCUCGUGAAGGAAGGCAAAAAUGGCGAAGCCGUUCUCCUUACAAGUACAGCUCCCGCUCUCGCAACAGCAACCAAAGUGAGCGUGACUACUACACGAGAGACUGGUCAUGGAACAGGUCACGUUCUCCUGGGAGAAGAAAUCAGGACUUUGGAGCUCAAGAGAAAGUGCGCCAGGUGGAGGAAAGGAGGGUAAUUUAUGUAGGAAGAAUCGAUGAAGGCACUACUAAAGCUGACCUUAGAAGAAGAUUUCAGCAGUUCGGACCAAUCAUCGAUAUCAGUGUGCACUUUCGGGAAAGAGGAGACAACUAUGGCUUUGUGACAUUUGCUUACAAAGCGGAUGCUUACAAAGCGGUGGAGCAUGGUAACGAUGACAGAACCCAGCCUCACUAUGACCUCUGCUUUGGCGGUCGCCGAGCCUUUUGUAAACAACGAUAUGCUGACUUAGAUGGGAUGGCCUCCAGUCUUCAACAUCCGUACAAUGUAUCAAGACCUGUGCAGAGGUCUGACGACUCAUUUGACAGUAUGCUCCAUGAACUGAAAACCCAACUGAGGAAACGCUCAUCUGUUUGACCUUUGCUCCUGUGGCUAGACGUGGUCUUAGUAAUGUUGUAGAUAGUAAGUAGCCGAGGUGAUUAUUUAUUUUAUACUGGAACUGUAUUAUAGUUGUUAUUUAAUUCAUACUUGUUAAAUUGUUUUAGGUUUUUAUUUCGAGGUCACUUUAUUGGAUGUUCCAUAGUUAUUUGUAAAUACCUAAUUGUAAAUCAACUACUGAUUAAUAUUGAUAAUUUUGAUUAUGAAAUAUGUCACGUUUAUUUUUAUCAUAAAGAUCAGCACCUUAGUUGGUUAUUUUUGUAAUUUGUAUACGAUGACUUAAUGAUUUAAUAAUUGUAAGUUUGUUGUGUUUAAAAACAUGAAUGUUGCAAAUAUUUACAAUUUGCCAAGGAAUUUGUCAUAACAAACUUUGUAUGAAUUGUUUGAACUUCCAGUCCAGGUUCAAUCAUUGAGCUCGGUGUCAAAUGCGUCCUUUGACCUCUGCAGUGGUCUUGUUGCACUGAGCUAAUUUUGAACACUAGUGGCCAUUCCGUCUGAAAACAAAUAAGACCCUAUGAUAUAAGUGAUGUUUGUUAUGUAUUUUACAUAUUUGUUACAUACCAGAUUUAAAAUAUUUCAUAGAAAAGCUAGUUCAAUGAAAUGAUUUGAAAUGGCUGUUGAAUGAUUUUCAUUCAAAUGUAUCAGUGGGAACAAUUUUUUCUGUGAAAUAUUUUAAAUCUGGUAUGUAACAAAUAUGUAAAAUACUUAUUACAUAACAACACCUAUAUCAUAGGGUCUUAUUUGUUUUCAGACGGAAUCAAAAUAGCUCAAUCAAAAUUAUCAAUAUUCAUAGGUUGAUUUACAAUAAGUUUUAGUACUCGUGGAACAUCCAAUAUAGUGAUCUCUAAUGAGUAAUUAGUUUGAAAUUGUAAAUAUUUGCAGCAUUCUUGUUUACACAACAAACUGAUCACAACUGAAACAUGAUCAAAUUGAUAAACAAAGUAAUCUUCAUGAGUUUCGAUUUAUGUACAGUAAUAUACUCUCUAUAGUGUAUUUAUUUUUGACAUAACUUACAAGGAAAAUUCAAUUCUCAUAAUUUGGAGUUUUUUGUAUGUUAGAUCUCAAAUAGAUAUUCUCAGAUAUUUUCUGAAUGCGAUAACAAGAUUGUUGAUGUUAGCGAUAUCAGGGGAGUUUAGGCUGUGCUUUGGACUAUAUUAUGUAGUAAGAGAUAGUUGUAAAAUACAUUUACCAAUAAUUAAUGUGUUCUAUUGUGGUUUGUAAAAAUAAUCAGUAAUGUUUAUGUUUAUCUCACAUGUUUAGAGACUUUCACAAGUUAAUGGCAUGUAAUCAAUGCAGGUAUUUUAAGCAAUUUUGAAGACAUAAAUUACGUUGUCUAUAAUUUUUUUUGUACAUUAUUUAAGGAAUCAAAAGAUUUUUAAUGUAGUUAGUAGUGUAACCACCAUUGCAAAUUUUUAUUUUUGUAUUUUUGUCAUGGCUCUCAUAAUUAUACUUUUUAAAUCAAAAUUUA